AUGGCUACUACAGUAAACGUCACCCCGGCACAGUACCGCAAAUAUGGUGUGGACGGGGAGCUGAGGCUUUCCACUGGGUUCUUUCAGCGCUACUUUGAGAGUGAUGGCACCACUACGGAAGUUCCAGUUCUCCAAGUCUCGCUUGCUAAAAAGUUAGGAGAAGGUAUGGCUGGUUGGCCUGAUUCAUGUCUUAGACUGCGUUUGACGGAUGGCGCCUUCCACUACUCCGGUUUAUUCGUCGUGAGAAACUUAGAAGGACAAUGCGAUCGUGAUAACUUGGUUGGAAACGCAGAGAAUGGCGGUGAAAUAAUAGCAGUUACGAAAAUGUUCAUUAAUCCUAAUGGAUGUGUUGGAAAGAAGGACGACAAAACACCAGGGAAGCCUAUGCUAAUGAUUGCUGGAUACGAACUGCUAUCUAGAGGACAUCCCAUAUUGGCGCCUGGUGUUAGCCACGAUGGAGAUAAGAACAAAUUUGCAAACUUCAAACCUACACAAGUGUACUCUGUGCCGUGGGGGGACAAAGAUUCAUCCAAUGCUAAAGGAAGUGCACCAUCAUCGCGGCCACCUGCACCAAAACGUCAGGCACAGAGCUUCGGUUCUGGAAAUGUGACACCGAUCAGUAUGAUCACUCCUUAUAUAAGCAAGUGGCGCAUUUGUGGUCUUUGUACUGCUAAAGACGAAUUGAAGACGACCAAAGCUCGAAGUGGUUCUGGAGACAUGAAGGUGUUCAGUUUUGAGCUCACAGAUAAAGAUGGUGCUUCAAUUCGUAUUACUGGCUUCAAUGAUGCUGCUGAAAGAGCAUACAGUAUAAUACAGACAGAUUGCUCUUACUAUUUAUCCGGAUGCACAGUAAAACAAGCAAACAAGCGUUUCAACACUACCGGACAUGAUUACGAACUUUCUAUAAACUCAAACACCGAGAUAGCUCCAUGCCACGAUCAGAUUCCAAAACCAGCUCUUGUCUUGAAAAUCUGUCCUCUUGAAAAUAUACCUAGUCACAAAGACGAAAACGUUGACGUUCUGGCUGUUGUUGAUAAGAUAGAUCCAGUGAAUAAGUUCAUUUCGAGACAAGGACGCGAAUGUGUGAAGCGCGACAUUCAGUUGAUAGAUCAGUCCAGCACUGUAGUUCAGUUGACUUUAUGGGGCGACCAAGCGGAGAAUUUCGACGAACACGCUCUUGGACAAGUCAUAUCAAUUAAAGGCGCAUUGGUGAAAGAGUGGAACGGAGCGUUCAGCUUAGCAGUAGCAUCGGUUUCGAAGAUUGAGCUGAGUCCGCAGUUAGAUGAAGUUCCGGCGCUAUAUGAAUGGUAUAGCAGUGAAAGAGCUACAGUCGACGCCAAAACCAUCAGUAUGGCAGCUUCAGGUGGAAGUGAUGCUUUCGGGCGUGAUUUGCGCUUUAUCGGCACAGCUACUGCCCUUCAACUUGGAAAUGAAGAAGCUUUACCAAAUGGACGAUAUAUGAACCUUAAGGCUAUGAUCACUACGAUAAAAACCGACACGGCUCUUUAUCAGAGUUGCUCGAACGAAGGUUGUUCGAAAAAAGUCGUGCAAUUGGGUGUGAACCAAUAUCGGUGCGAGAAGUGUGAUUCUACCAACGACAGUUUUAAAUGGGCCUACAUGGUGCAGGCUGAGCUCACCGAUCUAAGUGGUUCCCUCUGGGUAACAAUGUUUUCAAGCUCCGCAACGAAAGUAUUUGGAAUGGAAGCACAAGCUCUGGGAGAAUUGAAAGAGAAUGACAAAGAAGCGUACGACAGAGUUCUCACUGAUGUGUGCUUCAAGUACUUUAAUUGGCGAAUUAAUGCCAAAACAAAUACCUACAACGAGGAAACCCGGAUGCGUUACUCCGUUCUUGGUUGUGAUCCCGUGCCAUACGAUCGCUACAUCACACAGCUGGAGCAAACACUGGAGAAGUUAGAGCAACUGGAAUGUUAA